CAAAAAAGAAUCACACGCCCUCUAGUGGUUUUAAUUUGGUAUUUGAUUUGAUAAAAAGUUCUAAGCCACUUGUCCUCCAGUUUGCUGUAAGAAAGAGCAACUUGGCUCUAAAGGAACUCACAGACAGGCAGAUGGACAAGGAGCAGACACACACACACACACACACACACACACACACACGCACACACACACACACACACACACACACACACACACACACACACACACACACAACACACACACACACACACACACACACAAACACAAACACACACUCAGACAUACCAUCAGGUCCUGUAGAGCACCAGGGAGAUGCACGAGUCUCACAUUUAAUUAUCCACCCAAUGGUCUCCCUGUUAGUGUCAUUCCAGAGGAGGGGGCAGGAGAACCAUGGAGGAAGAAGGAGGUGCAGGUUUGGAGCUUCUGCCUCGUUAUGACAGAGACAAUCUGUAAAGUAAACAGCACCACUGAGGUAAGAGGUUCAGAGAAGACCCAGUUACCUCUGCUCCCCUGCAGCGUCAGGUGCUUCUGUGGAUGUUUUUUCAUUUUAAUGUUGUAAAAUGCUUCAGACACGUUAUUUUCAGCUGGCAGACGUUAGCAUGCUAACUGUGAGCUAACUGUCCCCUGUGGCUCAAACAGGUGAGUAACAUGAUGGUUAUCAUCUCUGAAGCUCCUUGUGCUGCUUCUUUUCUUUCCUCCUCCUACCUCGGAGUCUCCAGAGCUUUGUGCUGCUUGUGUCUCUUUAAAAGAACUUUACUUUUCUCCCCCUCUCUGUAUAUUGAUGAGGGGAUUAGAGAUCACAGCGCCGAUGACGAAAAGGAGGAGGAAAUGAUGAAAAAGAAGAGAUAACUUACGUAACAAGUAGACGUGUCUGUGAUGUGACUGAGUUUCAUCACGUGCACAUUAUUUAUCUGUGGACGAUUCAAUUGUUUGAAGUCACAGACGAGAGCAGCAGCUACUAUGAGUGUAACUGCAGCAGCCAGUGGAUUUGUUGUCCUUCUUCUCACUGUGACAGUGGUACAGUGUGAGAAUGGCUGGGGUGUAAGUUACACUUCUACUAAGAUCUGUGCCUUCAGAGGAUCAACAGUGUACAUUACCUGUACCUACACAUACCCAUCCACAUUUAAUAACCAUGAUACUACAGUUCAGGAAACUUUCUGGUUCAUUAAAGAGAGUAAUGGGAUUCACGUUGAUCUAAGGACUGAUCCGGAGUAUUCAGGUCGUGUGAAGAAUCUCUGUGGAAACAACAAGUGCACUCUGAGAAUCUCUAACCUGAGAGAGAGCGACUCAGCUGUGUACAAGUUCAGGUUCACAACAAACCAACCUACUGGGAGUUUAACUGGUUCAGCUGGAGUCACUCUGUCUGUCACUGAUUUGCAUGUGCAGGUGAGAGCAUCAGAGAUGUCUUACUAUUCUAUCUGGGCAGAGCUCAGGUGUCAGAGCAGUUGUCUUCUUCCUGAUCAUCUGAACUACGUCUGGUACAAGAAUCAACAGAAGACGGAGGAAGGAGCACCUUAUACAGAUUAUUUUUAUCCUGCAGACAGUGUUUCCUGUGCUGUUAAAGGACUCGAGGAUUUCCGCUCUCCGUCAAUGUUGGUGAAAAGUCAGAAUGGCUGGGGUGUGAGUUACACUUCUACUGAGAUCUGUGCCUUCAGAGGAUCAACAGUGGACAUUAACUGUACCUACACAUACCCAUCCAGGUUGAAUCACCUUGAUACUACAGUUCAGGAAACUAUCUGGUUCAUUAAAGAGAGUAAUGGGAUUCCCGUUGAUCUAAGGACUGAUCCGGAGUAUUCAGGUCGUGUGGAGAAUCUCUGUGGAAACAACAAGUGCACUCUGAGAAUCUCUAACCUGAGAGAGAGCGACUCAGCUGUGUACAAGUUCAGGUUCACAACAAACCAACCGAAUGGGAGUUUAACUGGUUCAGCUGGAGUCACUCUGUCUGUCACAGCCCCUCAGCUCCAGGUACAUGUGAGGAGAUCAACAGCCAAUCCAUCUUCUACCUGGACAGAGCUGACCUGUCACAGCAGGUGUCAGCUCCCUGAUCAUCUUUCCUACGUUUGGUACAAUAACAAUAAACCUGUUGGACGAAAAAAAUACUUUCACCUCCGACACUUUAAUGCUGGAGACAGCUAUCACUGUGCUAUAGAAGGACAGGAGCGUUUCCCUUCUCCUAGAUUGGACGCUGCAAAGCCUCCCUCUGUGUCAGUGAGUCCCUCUGGUGAGAUCAUGGAGGGCAGCUCAGUGACUCUGACCUGCAGCAGUGAUGCUAACCCAGCAGCUAACUACACCUGGUACAAGAGAAGUGGAGAUGAACAAGUUCAACGUCUCAGUGAAGAGACACAAUUUGUCUUUAGCUCCAUCCGGUCGUCAGACUCUGGAGAGUAUUACUGCACAGCUGAGAAUGAGAACACAGCGUCUAAACGUGUCUUAAUAAAUGUGAAUUACGCUCCAAAGCCUCCCUCUGUGUCAGUGAGUCCCUCUGGUGAGAUCAUGGAGGGCAGCUCGGUGACUCUGACCUGCAGCAGUGAUGCUAACCCAGCAGCUAACUACACCUGGUACAAGGAGAACCGAACUCUGCUUCAAGGACCAGAGGGCAUUUAUCGUCUCUCCUCCAUCAGCUCUGGGGACAGCGGGGUCUACUCCUGCAAGUCUGAGAAUCAGUACGGACGGAUCAACUCCACGUCUCUACACUUAGACGUCCAGUGGAAGUCAGUGAUAAUCAUGAAUAUCAUCAGGCUGACUCUGGUGGUUGUACUGGUUCCAGUGCUUGUCUGGACUCUGUGGACGAGGAUGAAGAAAACUCUGAGCUUGAAAUCAGAAGUGAAUGAAGCUGUGGAGAUGAUAGAGUCACACAACUGUCCUGAGUAUGAGAACGUUGCUGCUGCAGCACAGACAGAAGACACAGAGGAGCAGGAAGACCUGGUGUGAAGCAUCAGGUCAGAGCCACUGUGACAAACAGACCCAAGAUGGACGACUUCAGAGAACAUUCGUACAAGAGAGUUUUACAGAAACCACCGAACAUUUCCUUUCUACUCUUGGUUUCCUGUUUUCUUCUCUGCUCAGGUGCACUGUGAUUAGUUGAAAGUAUUUAGGAGGAACAGGAAGUAUCUCCAUCCCCAGUUGCAGCAGCAGUUUGUACAGCAUGACCUUUAGAGCAAGAGUAUUGUUGUGUUGUUUCUUUUCUUUUUCUUUUCUGAUGGGUCCAGUCGUCCAGUUUUCGCAGCUUUAUUUCUGUGAGCUUUAGUUCUGAUGUUGGUUUAGGUUGAAGGAAGAUUCUCAGAUCCUACGACCCUUUGUGGGUUGGUGUGUUGGGUUUUCCUUCUUUUGUCCAUUUUGCCGGCCUAUUGUUGAAGUUGUUGUCUUUUCUGCAAUAAUGAUGAUAAAAGAUUUUUUUCUGUUACCCUCUGAACUAUGUUGGACGUCUUGGUGAUCAGCCUUUGAAAAUGUGGUAACACCACGUGACUCAUCUCAUGUCUUCUACAUGAUAUUAAUGUGGUUAUUACAUGGAUAAUGAAUUAUUAUGUAUCGUGAUUUUAUGAUUCUUCUUAAAUAAAGUUUUUUGGUCUUUUGUUUUCA